AGCUGGUCUGCCAAUGAAGCAGAAGGUAUCAGAAGAAAUCCUGGGCUUCUUGUGGGACUGGAUAAAAUGAGCAAUGCCCUGCUCACCGGCUGAGACUGGCAUUCUAGAUACAGAAAGUUCAGAAUCCGUCUCCUAAGUCUGGCAAGAUGGGUGACUGGAGCUUCCUGGGGGAGUUCCUGGAGGAGGUCCACAAGCACUCCACGGUCAUUGGCAAAGUCUGGCUCACCGUCCUGUUCAUUUUCCGAAUGCUGGUCCUGGGCACCGCUGCUGAGUCCUCCUGGGGAGAUGAGCAGGCUGAUUUCCGGUGUGAUACCAUUCAGCCCGGUUGCCAGAAUGUCUGCUACGACCAAGCCUUCCCCAUCUCCCACAUUCGAUACUGGGUGCUGCAGAUCAUCUUUGUGUCCACACCGUCUCUGGUCUACAUGGGCCAUGCCAUGCACACAGUGCGCAUGCAGGAAAAGCAGAAGCUGCGGGAUGCGGAGAAAGCCAAAGAGGCGGGCGCCACUGGUUCCUAUGAGUACCCAGUGGCCGAGAAGGCAGAGCUGUCCUGCUGGAAGGAAGUGGAUGGGAAGAUUGUCCUCCAGGGCACUCUACUCAACACCUAUGUCUGCACCAUUCUGAUCCGCACCACCAUGGAAGUGGCUUUCAUCGUGGGCCAGUACCUCCUGUACGGGAUCUUCCUGGAUACCCUGCAUGUCUGCCGCAGGAGUCCCUGUCCUCACCCCGUCAACUGUUACGUCUCAAGGCCCACAGAGAAGAAUGUCUUCAUUGUCUUUAUGCUGGCUGUGGCUGCACUGUCUCUCUUUCUCAGCCUGGCUGAGCUCUACCACCUGGGCUGGAAGAAGAUCCGACAGCGCUUCGUCAAGUCCCGGCAAGGUAUGGAUAAGCAGCAGCUUCUUAGGCCCUCCCCCAACCUAGUCCAGAGCCUCACUCCUCCCCCUGACUUCAAUCAGUGCCUGAGGAGCAGGCCAGGCGAGAAGUUCUUAAGUGACUUCAGUAAUAAUAUGGGCUCCCGGAAGAAUCCAGACACUCUGGCUACGGAGGAAAUGCCAGAUCAGGAGCUUAUUUCUAGAGACGGUUUCAUCCACAUGCAUUAUGGUCAGAAGCCGGAGGAACACAAUGGAGCCUCUCCAGGCCACCGCCUUCCUCCCGGCUACCAUGGUGACAAGCGCCGCCUUAGCAAGGCCAGCAGCAAAGCAAGGUCGGAUGACCUAUCAGUGUGACCCUCUGAGGGAGCGCCAGUCCCAGAAGGCUGGGACAGGGAGAAUCAGUCUCUCACAACAAUAUAGUCUUCUUCUCAGCCCUGCUGGGCUCCUUCCGGUCUGGAUCUAGAUGGCAUUGCUCAUCAGUUUUCAAAAUUACAGUUUGGGGGUGUUCUCAAGGACAGGGCUACUCCUCAGUUCCCGUCUACCAGUAUAUACAGGGAUGCCUUUCACAUGAUUUAUUGAAUUGGAUGAAGGCAGGGAUGGGAAUCAUGGCAAAAUGACUGGAAGGACAGACAUGAGGAUUCAACACCAGCAACAUACCAGAUAAAACCUCCAAGUCUUGGCUUCUUUGGUACUAUGCCCAUUUUUAUUGGGGGAGAGGGGUGAGCCCAAGUUCUCAGACAAUUGAGAGUAUUCAUCAAGUAGUUUACAUUGUAUCAUUCCCUUGAAUCUGUUGUUUCCAUGGGCCAUACCUCCGAGUGGUGGUGAGGUGGUUGUGGACUGCCCUAGGCUACAUCUCCCUCCUCCCAAUCUUAAAGAGGUAUCCUUGGACAUUGGCCAGCGUCCGCCUUACAAGUGCCUUGUUUUGUGCCUUUGGCAAACAUCUCAUGUUACUGAUGUUAUAGCCUUUCUGCCAGGAGAGUCACACAGCUCAUAAGGGUGCCAAGACCUCCAGGGAGUCACUGUACGCAGCAAGUAUCCCUGGAAGAACACCACCUGUUAUCCUGCAGUCCUUCACAGUUCAUUCUAAUGAUAAAAACCAUCCUUGCCUACCUCCUUGGCUGUUCGCCCAGUGUACCUCUAAAAUCUUUAUAAAUGGGGAUGUCCAAGAAGCCACCAUCCUCUCUUGAAUCCUGGCCAGUUUAGCAGCCACCAAGUUCAGUGGAAUUUCCCCAGGAUUUAGUGUAACAAAGAGCAUUGUGCUUCUCAGGUUCUCCUGGGAAAAUACAACUCUGCUGUGAAGAUGAAAAUUUAAAAAAAAUAAUGAGAGAAGACACUGGAAAACCAUUUUCCCUCCUAUGUACGUCUUCCACUGUCUGAAUGCCAAGAGGAGGCAUGGUGAUAGCUGCCACAACAGCAAAUCUCUCUCUUAGAGGCAUCAAGGGGAUAAGGAAAAAGGAGGCAUCUCCAAUUGUUUUGGGCAAGGCUCUUAUUUAAAUUCCCGUGUUUCCUCAGUAUCCCUGGGAAGAUUACCAGGGGAUGAGUACAGAAAAGCCCUGCCUUCCUCAGGGUCUAGCCUGGGGUCUCUACUGGUUGGAUCCAUAAUAGGUGUCUUCCAUUUUUUAUGCAGAUGAAAGAUGCUCAGAAUCAGAUACCAAGACUCAUAAGAUACAUUGCUACAUGAAAAUAGAUCUUUGUGUGUGCAUGCUCAUCUGUGUGUGUGUGUGUGUGUGUGUGUGUGUGUGUGUGUGUGUACAUGCCGAUAGAAUGGUGAAGAAAAGUCCUAAAGAGCAGUAAGGGAAUGUGUAGAGAAACUUGGGUCUCCCUGCCUGCUUUUCAGUUGUCUGGCAGGAAGGGUGAACUUGCAUCUUAAUCAGCCUAAGGGACAGGUUGAGAAGUCAGUACAGGAGGGUGAAGGUUCACAGAAAUCAGUCUCUGCCCCCUGACCCAUCUCUGGGUCCCUCUGCUGGCAUUUGGAUGCUACUGGUGGGUAGAAAGAAAGGCUCAGGAGCAAAGUGAUGGGAUUCUUGGUGAUGGGGAAUGUAUGUGUAUGUUUAUCUUAUUGGUUGUUGAAUAAAGCACUGUUCAGCCAAUGAGGCAGAA